GGGGAGGGGGCGUGGCCGGCCGGGGCGUCUCGCGCUGGGUGACAGCUCGCGCGUGCUGGUGAUGGCGGGCUUUGAAGCUGCCUGGCAGUGAGGAGUUCCCAGCAAUUCAAUUCUGCAGGAUCUGUGGGAAGAUGGAGCUGCUGGGGGCCCAGGAUGUGGCGUGGAGGAGGAAAGGAUGUGUGCCCUGCACCCAGUCGGAGCAGCGACGCCCCCUGUGAGACAUGGAUAGAUGCAAACAUGUGGGGCGGCUACGACUCGCCCAGGACCACUCGAUCCUGAACCCCCAGAAGUGGCAGUGUGUGGAUUGCCACACCACCGAGUCGCUCUGGGCCUGCCUCAAGUGCUCGCACGUGGCCUGCGGCCGCUACAUCGAGGAGCACGCGCUGCGCCACUUCCAGGAGAGCCGCCACCCCCUGGCCAUGGAGGUGCACGAGCUCUUCGUCUUCUGCUACCUGUGCCAGGAUUAUGUCCUGAAUGACAACCCUGAGGGUGACCUGAAGCUGCUGAGGAGCUCGCUGUCGGCCAUCAAGGGGCAGAGGAGCGGGAGGACGCUGCGCUCCAUGGCGCUGGGGGAGGAUGGCUGGAGGAGGAGGAGCCCUCAGGGCCAGUCCCAGAUGCUCACGGCGCUGUGGCACCGGCGCCAGGCCCUGCUGGCGAGGGCUCUGCGCACCUGGUUCCACAAGAGCUCCCGGGGACAGCUGAAGUUGAAGGAGAAAAAGGAGAUGGAGGAGCUGGAGAAGAAGAAGGAGGCGGCUCGGCAGCGGCGGCGGGAGAUGAAGAGGCAGCUCCUGGAGGAGUUGGCCAAAACUCCCCCGAGGAAAAGCGCCAGGCUGCUGUCCCACGUGCACGGGGAGAGCUUGAUCCCAAGGAAAUUCAGGGAGGUGGCCACAGCUUCCCCUACCUCAAAGCAGGUGCAGAGCAGCAGAUUGAAGCAGCUCUACUCCAUCAGGCAGCAGCCCCUGAUGACGCCCGGGGUGACGGGGCUGAGGAACCUGGGCAACACCUGCUACAUGAACUCCAUCCUGCAGGUGCUCAGCCACCUCCAGAAGUUCCGAGAAUGUUUCUUGACUCUUGAUCUCUGUGAAACAGAAGAACUUUUAGCUAAAACUGUGAAUGGCAGGGCUAGAAUGCCUGGCAAAUUGGCCAACGGGGCUGCUGGUGAUGAGCCAGGGAAGCCUGACAGGGUGGGGUCAUCUCCAGCCGGUUUGAACGGGGGCUCCUCCAUCAGCCGCAGCUUGGAGCUGAUCCAGCCCAAGGAGCCCAGCUCCAAGCACAUCUCCCUGUGCCACGAGCUGCACACCCUGUUCAGGGUGAUGUGGUCUGGCAAGUGGGCCCUGGUGUCCCCCUUUGCCAUGCUGCACUCAGUGUGGAGCCUGAUCCCGGCCUUCCGCGGCUACGACCAGCAGGACGCGCAGGAGUUCCUGUGCGAGCUCCUGGACAAGGUGCAGCAGGAGCUCGAGUCCGAGGGCAGCAAGCGCAGGAUCCUCAUCCCCUUCUCGCAGAGGAAGCUCACCAAGCAGGUCCUCAAGGUGGUCAACACCAUUUUCCACGGGCAGCUGCUCAGUCAGGUCACCUGCAGGACGUGCAACUACAAAUCCAACACGGUGGAGCCGUUCUGGGACCUGUCCCUGGAGUUCCCCGAGCGUUACCAUUCCCUGGAGAAGGGGCUGCUGCCCCUGGGCCAGCCCGAGUGCCUGCUCACCGAGAUGCUGGCCAAGUUCACCGAGACAGAGGCGCUGGAGGGGAGGAUCUACGCCUGUGACCAGUGCAACAGUAAAAGGCGAAAAUCUUCUCCCAAACCUCUUGUUCUGAGUGAAGCUAAAAAGCAGUUGCUGAUUUACAGACUACCUCAGGUCCUCAGACUGCACCUGAAACGUUUCAGGUGGUCGGAGCGCAAUCACCGCGAGAAGAUCGGGGUGCACGUGCUGUUCGGGCAGGUGCUGAACAUGGAGCCGUUCUGCAGCCGGGACUGCCAGCCCUGCCCCGCCGCCGGCAGCUUCGUGUACGACCUGGCAGCCGUGGUGAUGCACCACGGAAAGGGCUUCGGCUCGGGCCACUACACGGCCUACUGCUACAACACCGAGGGAGGUUUUUGGGUGCACUGCAAUGACUCCAAACUGAAUGUAUGUAGUGUGGAGGAGGUGUGCAAGACCCAGGCCUACAUCCUCUUCUACACUCAGAGAACGCUGCAGGACAAAGCAGGAAUCCCAGAAAAACAACUCCAAACUCAGGUUUUUGCCACCCAGAACCAGUGACAAGGACACAAGAGUGACAUUGCCAGGAGGGGAAAACACUCCCAGCUGCUCCUGGGGACUUUUGGUGUUCGUCCUCCCCUGCUCUGUGGGGAAAAGUGCAGGGAUGGGA